UGCGAGCUCCGCUCGGUUCGUUCGGCUACCGCCGUUGCCGCCUCACACACUCCAGGAGCCGAAGCUCGGCGCGGACACGGAGCAGCUCGGGGCUGGUGCGCCUGGAGCCCGAGCCCAGUCCGCCUGAGCCGGAGCCGGAACCCGAGCCCCGCCUGGAGCCGGCUCAUGGACAGCGGAGCCGGGAGCCGGCGCUGCCUCAAGGCGGCCCUCCCGACCCCGCUGCCUGCCAGGAUGGGGCCCCCAAGGUCUAGCCUGGGCUCCUGGUGGAGGCUGUUGCUACCCCCCAUGCUGCUGGCCCUGCUGCUGGCCCCCUCCCCAGGAGCUGCCACCAGGGUGGUGUACAAGGUGCAGGAGGAGCAGCCACCUAACACCCUCAUCGGCAGCCUGGCUGCCGACUACGGCUUCCCGGAUGUGGGACACCUGUAUAAGUUGGAAGUGGGUGCCCCGUACCUUCGAGUGGAUGGCAAGACGGGGGACAUCUUCACCACGGAGACCUCCAUUGACCGGGAAGGGCUGCGUGAGUGCCAGAACCAGCUGCCGGGGGAGCCCUGCAUCCUGGAGUUUGAGGUGUCCAUCACGGAUUUGGUUCAGAAUGGCAGCCCCCGACUCCUGGAGGGCCAGAUUGAAGUGCAAGACAUCAACGACAACACGCCCAACUUUGCCUCCCCAGUCAUCACGCUGAUGAUUCCAGAAAACACCAACGUGGGCACGCUCUUCCCCAUCCCUUUGGCUUCGGACCGCGAUGCCGGCCCCAACGGUGUGGCCUCCUACGAGCUACAGGCCGGACCUGAGGCCCAAGAGCUCUUCGGGCUCCAAGUGGCCGAGGACCAAGAGGAGAAGCAGCCGCAGCUCAUUGUCAUGGGCCACCUGGACCGGGAACGCUGGGACUCCUAUGACCUGACAAUCAAGGUCCAAGAUGGGGGCAGCCCGCCGAGAGCCAGCAGCGCCCUGCUCCGGGUCACCGUGCUGGAUACCAAUGACAACGCACCCAAGUUUGAGCAGCCUUCCUAUGAGGCAGAACUGUCGGAGAACAGUCCCAUAGGCCACUCUGUCAUCCAGGUGAAGGCCAACGACUCCGACCAGGGUGUGAAUGCCGAGAUAGACUACACGUUCCACCAGGCUCCCGAGGUGGUGCGCCGGCUGCUGCGGCUGGACCGGGCCACGGGGCUGAUCACGGUACAGGGCCCCAUAGACCGCGAGGACGUGAGCGUGCUUCGCUUCUUCGUGCUGGCCAAGGACCGGGGCGUUAACCCCAAAAGUGCCCGCGCGCAGGUGGUGGUGACGGUGAAGGACAUGAACGACAACGCGCCCUCCAUCGAGAUCCGGGGCAUCGGGCUGGUGACGCACCAGGACGGCAUGGCCAACAUCUCGGAGGACGUGGCCGAGGAGACGGCCGUGGCCCUGGUGCAGGUGUCCGACCGGGACGAGGGCGAGAACGCCGUGGUCAUGUGCGUGGUGGCGGGCGACGUGCCCUUCCAGCUGCGCCAGGCCAGCGAGACCGGCAGCGACAGCAAGAAGAAGUACUUCCUUCAGACCACCACGCCGCUCGACUACGAGAAGGUCAAGGACUACACCAUCCAGAUCGUGGCCGUGGACUCGGGCAACCCGCCGCUGUCCAGCACCAACUCCCUCAAGGUGCAGGUGAUGGACGUGAACGACAACGCGCCCGUCUUCACCCAGAGCCUCACGGAGGUCGCCUUCCCCGAGAACAACGAGCCCGGCGCCCUGGUCACCGAGGUCAGCGCCAGCGACGCCGACUCCGGCCCCAACGCCCAGCUGGUCUACUCCCUGGAGCCCGAGCCGGCCGCCAAGGGGCUCUUCAGCAUCUCCCCGGAGACCGGCGAGAUCUGGGUGAAGGCGUCGCUGGACCGCGAGCAGAGGGACAGCUACGAGCUGAAGGUGGUGGCGGCCGACCAGGGCAACCCCAGCCUGCAGGGCACGGCCACGGUGCUCGUCAACGUGCUGGACUGCAACGACAACGACCCCAAGUUCAUGCUGAGCGGCUACAACUUCUCCGUGAUGGAGAACAUGCCGGCCCUGAGCCCCGUGGGCAUGGUGACCGUCAUCGACGCCGACAAGGGGGAGAACGCGCGCGUGCAGCUCACGGUGGAGCAGGACAACGGCGACUUCGUCAUCCAGAACGGCACCGGCACCAUCCUCUCCAGCCUGAGCUUCGACCGGGAGCAGCAGAGCACCUACACCUUCCAGCUCAAGGCCGUGGACGGGGGCGUGCCGCCACGCUCCGCCUACGUCGGGGUCACCAUCAACGUGCUGGACGAGAACGACAACGCGCCCUUCGUCACCGCGCCCUCCAACACCUCCCACAGGCUGCUGACGCCCCAGACCCGGCCCGGCGAGACCGUGAGCCAGGUCACGGCCGAGGACAUCGACUCGGGCGUCAACGCCGAGCUGGCCUACGUCAUCGCCGGCGGCAACCCCUACGGGCUCUUCCAGAUCGGGCCGCAGUCCGGCGCCAUCACGCUGGAGAAGGAGAUCGAGCGGCGGCACCACGGGCUGCACCGGCUGGUGGUGAGGGUCAGCGACCGCGGCAAGCCCUCGCGCCACGGCACGGCGCUGGUCCACCUCUACGUCAACGAGACCCUGGCCAACCGCACCUUCCUGGAGAACCUGGUGGGCCACAGCCUGGACACGCCGCUGGACAUCGACAUCGCCGGCGACCCCGAGUACGAGCGCUCCAAGCAGCGCGGCAACAUCCUCUUCGGGGUGGUGGCGGGCGUGGUGGCCGUGGCCCUGCUCAUCGCCCUGGCCGUGCUGGUGCGCUACUGCCGCCAGCGGGAGGCCAAGAGCGGCUACCAGGCCGGCAAGAAGGAGACCAAGGACCUGUACGCGCCCAAGCCCGGCGGCAAGGGCCCCAAGGGCCCCAAGGGCAAGGGCAGGAAGAGCAAGUCCCCCAAGCCCGCCAAGCCCAUGGAGGACGAGGACGACACCGGCCUGCAGAAGUCCCUCAAGUUCAACCUGAUGAGCGACGCCCCCGGCGACAGCCCCCGCAUCCACCUGCCCCUCAACUACCCGCCGGGCAGCCCGGACCUGGGGCGGCACUACCGCUCCAACUCGCCGCUGCCCUCCAUCCAGCUGCAGCCGCAGUCCCCGUCGGCCUCCAAGAAGCACCAGGUGGUGCAGGACCUGCCCCCCGCCAACACCUUUGUGGGCACCGGGGACACCACGUCCACGGGCUCGGAGCAGUACUCGGACUACAGCUACCGCACCAACCCCCCCAAAUACCCCAGCAAGCAGUUACCUCACCGCCGGGUCACCUUUUCGGCGACUAGCCAGGCCCAGGAGCUGCAGGAUCCAUCCCAGCAUAGUUACUAUGACAGUGGGCUGGAGGAAUCGGAGACACCCUCCAGCAAGUCAUCCUCCGGCCCCCGGCUUGGGCCCCUGGCACUGCCCGAGGACCACUACGAACGAACCACCCCUGAUGGCAGCAUAGGAGAGAUGGAGCAUCCUGAGAAUGACCUUCGGCCCUUGCCCGACGUAGCCAUGACGGGCACAUGCACGCGGGAGUGCAGCGAGUUUGGCCACUCGGACACAUGCUGGAUGCCUGGCCAGUCCUCCCCAAGCCGACGGUCCAAGAGCAGCGCCCUCAAACUCUCCACCUUCGUGCCUUACCAGGACCGAGGCGGGCAGGAGCCCGCAGGCGCCGGCAGCCCUAGCCCCCCGGAAGAACGCAACACCAAAAUGGCCCCCGUCCGCCUGCUGCCCUCGUACAGUGCCUUCUCCAACAGUAGCCAUGAUUCCUGCAAGGACUCUACCUUGGAGGAGAUCCCUCUCACCCAGACCUCGGACUUCCCGCCGGCGGCCACACCCUCUGCCCAGACGGCCAAGCGCGAAAUCUACCUGUGAGCCCCAAGUGAGCCCCGACCCACCUCCAGCCCCAGCCGGCUGGCCCACCCCCCACCCGCCAAGGGAGUACCCAGGUAUCCCCGUCCCCAUCAACCGGACCCUUGGGUGAGCCGGCCCGGGGUCCCUCACUUCCUACAUGUCAUCUCUCUUCCCUCCCUGCUCCCCGGGAGCAGGCUCCACUCAUCCCCGUCCAGGUCCAGUCCCCUCCUCUGGGAGACACAUUGCCCCACCAGGGGACCAGGCCUUGGAUCCUUCAGCACCGCUCCUGGGUCCGGCUCCCCAUGCCUGCCCACCUUGGGGAGCAGAAGCCACUGCAGAGCUGGAGUCCCGGGUGGGCCCCCUUCCAGUGACUAAAUUCCCUCCCCCCAAAACUUCCAGGGGACUACCCCAUCCUUCUUGGGGGGAGGGGAGGGAGGCCAAGGGCCAUGACACCCUAAACUAACCCAUUAUCUCCAUGGUGGCUGGAGGGGUGGAGGAAGGUCAGAGCAUCACCCUCAGAGCUCUGAUGUCAGGGGGGUACCCCUCUCUGAAGAUGUCCACAAGGGGGUACCUUGGGGGGGCAGGGUCUGGGAAAUGGGGGGCCUCAAAGGGCUUUAGUUACCAAAGGUGGGGUUGGGGGGGUGGGCAAUGGAAAGGUGGGAGGGCUCCCUCACUCAUGCAGCCCUGAGGCUACCUGCCUGCCCCACUCCCUCCUCCCAGCCCCACCCCCCACUUCCUUCCCUGCUGGUCAUUCAGCAUCUGUACAUAUGGACCUUGGACCUUGGAAUGAUGUUCCCAUUUCUGCCUGAUUUGCAACUUUUCUUGUUGUUGUUGUCUUUGGUCUAGGGACCCUCUGGGGGUGGGGGGCCUGCCUGUUGCCCCCCCCCUCCCCAGCCGAAGUGCCCCUCCUCACCCUGGCCCUAUUGUUCCAUGUUGUAAAUACUCCUGGGGCCAUGGGGAUGAGGGCGGAGCUGGAAAGGGAGGGGAAAGGGGAGGGGGGAGGGGGGACACUGGCCUAUCAGCAGAGCUGGGCUUUUAUUUAAUUUUUUUUAAUACAAAUCUCUAUUUUUUUGGAACUGUUGCGCUGUGCCCUGGAAGGGGGGGUGGGUGGGCGGAGGCAGCAGAGGUUGCCCCCCCCUCCUGCUUCCAGAUAGGUGUCAUUUGAAGGGUCCCCCGGCCUGGGGGUGGGGUGGGGACAGCUGGAAAGUGAGAGGUGGGGGUGGUGUGCCUCUAAUCUGGUUCGGCAGUUUGAAGUAAGAAAGUUUGCUCAGGGGUGGGGGAAGGGCUGAUCCUGGGCUGCCCACUGUCCCCAGCUUGGAGGGAAGGGUUCUGUGUCCUAUUUCUGUCCCCAUCCCAACCUCGUCCCUCACCCCCAAAUAAACAAACAAAAAGCCCCUGCCAUGACUCUAACCCUUCAGCCUGUAAAACCAUCAUUGCCUUUGAUCUCUGGGGGCUGGAAGGGCUGCCUGAGCCCCGGGGCUCCCCUUUCUCCCCUGGCUGGGCUCCCUGGGCUUCCUCUUGCCAUGGUCCUUGGACAGCCUUGGAAAAUAGGGUAGGGGCAGAGCAACUUGACCAGCCAUGGCAGCCCCUCUGCCAUUGUAGGUGGGGGGAGCUCUGUCCAGAAACUCCUGUUUUUCUACUGUCAACAUACAGAGGCCCUUGGCUGUUCUUCCCUCCACAGAACCUUCUCCUCCUUUCCUCUUCAUCCCCCCCCACUUUAGCCCAGCCUGCCAUACCCCUAUUCCCCAGGGGCCUAGGUUGGGGGGUGCGAUGAAAUCUCAGGGUGGGGGCCCUGGACUAGCUUGGCCAUGGGCAUGGGGCUUAGGGGAUGCAAAGUGUGGAAGAGGUAUGGGCUGCAGGGUGGUCCUGUGCCUUUGGGGGCUGUGCUCCCAGGGCUGGGACUGAAGUCCUACUGCACGCCUCGCCCUUUCCUUUUUCCACAGAAGCUCACCCUAGUGAAAGCCCAAAGGCCGAGGAUCUGCCCUGCUCUCUGCUCUCCCUGCCCUCUCCCCCAGUCUCUGCCAUUCUUUUCAGUAAUGGUGCUGGGGCAAAAAGGACUCUCUUUGUCCUCUAAGGCUUGCAGGAAGGGUUGCCCCUUGCAAACAUACAGGAGGGUAGGGUAGAGGGUUGAAAGUGGGUAGAAAUAAAGCUGAAUGGUUGGCCAAGGUCAUUCCUUCAGGCUUAUGACUUAGGGCCCAGUGGGUGGGAUAGGGAUGAGGGAGGGAAAAACUGAGGGGUCUCCUCCUUCCCCUCUCCUUGCACAGCCGGGCAGGUGCAAUAGUGGAGGUCAGAAUGGAGGGUAGGUGUUCAUAGCCUGAGGGGAGAGGAUUCCUCUGGGGACAGGACCUUGAAGGCUAUCUUCAGGAAUCUGGACUAGUGGGGAGGAAGAUUAUAGUUUUAAUCAGAAUGAGCACCUUGGUGAGGGGUGAGAAGGAAUAAUACUUUGGGAGACAUUCAGGCCUCCCAGGUGGCGUGAGAUCUCAACUCUAUUCCAGGGAUUCUGUUUCCUUUAUACUGGAGUCUCUGCCUGAGUCUUAGGGAAUCCCUCUAUACUGGUAACUUUGCUUGUGUCCUAGGGAACCCCUCACAUUGGGGACCCUACUUAGGUUCUAGGGAAUCCCUCUGUGUCAGGGACUGCCUUGAUCUUAGGGAAUCCUUCUGUCCCGGGAACUCUGCCUGUUUUAGGAAGGGAAUCCCUCUGUAUUAGGGACUCUGCCUUGAUCUGAGGGAGUCUCUUUGUAUUGAGAACCCCACAUUGGUUCUGGGGAUUCCCUUUCUUUGGGUACUUUCUACGGUCAUUAGGGCACUGGGACCCCUGUCUGGGGCCAGAGGAUCCUCUGGGCAUUGAGGAGAAGAGGAGCAUUUUGCACAAUUGUUAAGCCAGAAAGAAAGGGGUUGGUCCCCCCACCAGGGCAGAUAAGCACAGAGUAGGAGCCAUCCUCAAUUGCAGGGAGGAGGCCAGAGCCUCUAGUUCUCUGGUAGUGGAUGGGGCACUGGGUCUGCCACUGCUCUGGGGCAACCUGAGAGGUAAAACCAAAGGUGGGUGGGGUGGGGAGGGGGGUGGGGGCUGAGGGUAGUGCCCUGUGCAGACCUUCGAUGUUGGUCCUUAUUCCAUGGAACCUCCCCAAUGCCUUGUCUUGUGUACAGAUUUAUGUAGGAACAGGUGGAGCUUGCUCAGAGGAUCAGAGAUGGAGAGCCCACCCAAUCUGCCAUGACUCUCCUCUCCAGACAAGGAAGGGGAGCUGAUAUCUCUUGAGGCAUGACCUGGGAUUGGGGGCAGAAAAAAGAAGGGCCUUUGGGGGCCCUUCCUCAGGCAUUGUCUCUGGGAUAUCUCCCCUCAAGAACUUUUGAGCAUGCUUCUUCCUAGAGUGGUGUCUGGAGGGGAUACUUCUCCCCCUCGCAGGUCCCUGGGGGCAGGUGUCUUCUCUGGAUGGGAUGGGAAUCUCUGGCAUGUCUCUCCUUUGGAGAAGGGAGAACCCUACGGCAUGCGUCUCCCCCUAGAAUCUUUGGGUUCGUCUCUCUCCUGGGAGGGGCCCAUCUCUCCUCCCUAGGCGGUGUGAGGGUCUCUGUGGCCUGCCUCUUCUCUGGGGAGUUUCUCCAGCAUGUCUCUGUCCUUGAGUGUGUAUGUGGAGCAUGCCUCUCCCCCCGGUGGGGGGGUGUCUGGAGAAUGGCUCUUUCUCUCAGAGACACCUUUCUACUGACGGGUCUCCUGAGGCAUGUCUUUCCCCUAAGAGUCUUUGGGGGGCUGUAUUUCUCUCCUCUCCGGGGUGGGUGGGCUGGCAGGCCUACGGAGCCCCCUCUCUCUUCUGAGUAAUCCUGUCUCCCCAUUAAGGAAUAUCUGAGGAGUUUCCUUGUGGGAUUGGGGGAAAUGCCUCUGAAUGUUGGGGGGAGGGCAAGAGUAGACCGAGUUUCUGGCCACAAGAAGUUUUCUAAGGGUGGGGGGAGUGUCUCCACAUGGGGUUUCUUUGGGAAAAGGACUGUGUCUCUCCUAGUGGGAGAUCCUGGAAGGCUGGGGGGAGGGGGUCUUGUCUCUGCCCAUGGGAGGGGGGGUUUGAGAGGGGAAGGGGAGGCUGUGUCUCCCCCUGGGGGUUCUGAGUGGGGGGUGGGGCAUGUCUCUUAACUGAGGCAUCAGGGGAGGGGGUGAACUCGGGCGUGUCAGGGCGCCUACACUGGGGUCGUGUUUUAUUGGUCUGUGCCGCUUCCCAUCGCCUCGCUUCCCCCGGGAAGGGCCCCCUCCCCAAUUCCCAGUCCCAACCCCGGCGCUGCGAGCACAAUCCCGUUGAUUUGUAAUGAUUUCUCUCUCCGUCUGUCUUUCUUUCUCUGCCCCCUUUGCACCACGCACCUCACCCCUCAACCCCGCGCCUCGAGCAUGCGCAGGCACCACCCUCUCCUUCCCAUACCCACUCCGGUUCGGUUCGUUUCCGGUUUGUUUGCUGAACUGUCAAUGAAGAGACCUGUGUAAUUAUUCCUAAGCUUUACAAUAAAAGUGUGAAAACCGGA